GUUCACAUGUUUUCGGCUUAAUACAAUUUUUGGAAAGGAUAGGUCACUCGAUCGCUCUUUAAAGAUGAAGAUCGCUAUAGUUCUCUCGUGUUUUUUGGUUGGUACACUUGCCGCAUCCAAUACGUUUUCCCAUCAGUAUGUUUUUGAUUGGAUGAAGGUGCUGACUAACCAAGAGAUCUACGCGCUCUUAGCACAGCGGGUCGGACAGUGGCCAGAGCGGGGUGACUACGACAUUCCUGCACCCGGUUUCACUUGCGCUGAAAAAGAAUUUCCCGGUUAUUACGCAGAUCCAGCCACUCAGUGCCAGACGUUCCAUCGUUGUGACAUUAAUGGAAACAUGACCAGCUAUAUCUGCGUUAACCGGACGUUGUUCAAUCCCAUAACGUUGGUGUGCGACCACUGGUUUAACGUGGACUGUGUUGGUUUCAUCCGAGACGAAUAUUUUGCCAAUCGUCGGCUAUACACCAGCGAAGUCCUGUUCGACACACCUAACCAAGGACCCCCGCCAACAACGACAACCACCCCAGCUCCGAUCACAACCACGACGGAACACGGCAAAUGGGUGUGGGUGGACGAUAACGCUGCUGGUCAGAGUUCAACCCAAAAACCCCGAAUAAAGGAAGUGCGCGUCCAAAGACCGGAAGACGGGCACAGACGAGCGGGUAGUUAAACAUUAACCUGUCGGGACACCAGAGCAGGAAUAUCUUAUACAGUAUGCCGACAUAUUUUUUGUGCAGCUAGAUUUAUAUGCCUCCCAUUUCGUGAAAUCAGGGUUAUCUUUCCGCUAAUUCACCAUUAGUUUCGUAAUCGACAAACGUAACAAUGUAUUACUCCAUAAUGCCUCUACAUUGAAGUCAGCUUAUAAAAUGUUCUGGAACGCUUAGCCCACUUAUUAAUGAAAUCGAAAUCUGUUAAUACAUAAAGAAC